AUGGAGAAGGAGAGCCACAAGGAGGGGGAGGGGGCGACGGCGUGGAUGAUGGUCCCGGCGUUCGGGGACUGGGACAUGAAGAACGGAGCCAUGCCGAACUACUCCAUGGACUUCUCCAAGAUCCGAAAGAUGCGCAAGCAGAACAAGAAGGAGCUCUCCCGCGCCAGCCUCGGCGGCGACGACGACCUCCUCGCCCACCACAAGCAGCAGCAGCAGCAGCCAUCCAAGCCCCCCAGCCCACGGAGGUGGCCGCUGAUGCCCGGAACGUUGGAGACGCGCGCCAUCGAGGGAGCUCGAGAUGCGGCGGAUUCUGCUGGAUAG